CGAGCGGCUCGCGCCUGUGACGUCUGUUGGUGGGCUGCUUCAGCAUGCCACCAAGGCCAGCUUUUCUUCCUCCAUUGCCCUUCCUCUCCGUCUUUGCUAGCCCAACAACACUUGCCGACGUAUUCUUACUCUCCUCUUCCUACAUCCGCCGCUCGCUUUGGCUCAACCAGAAUUUUCCUCCUGCCUGUGACAGGUGUAGCGCGAUAUCCUACCUAGCUAGUAGGCAGGUACCACCAAACCAUCCAGAAUUGCUCGUUCCUCAGCAACCACACCACAGGCAAGAGCUCUUCGGCACCCAAGCGCGACACACUCGAGAACAGCGCUGCCAUCAUGGCGCCCACGAUACCCAAAUCAGGAGAGCCUGAAUCCUUCGAGCCUCGCGAAAGUGAGCACCCCGCGCUUCACCCCUCCAUCACCAAUGUCCCCGUUACACCCGGCGUACACCUGACUGGCAAGUCGGCCUAUUUCGAGGACUCCCAAGCCGAGAAGAACAGCGAGCUACCUUUCGACCCGGACACAGCUACCCCAGGGCCUUCUUGGAGCGCAAACUCCUACUUCGCGGACCAGCAAAAGGCAGGCAGCGCCCCCUCUACGGCUGAGGCAGCCGCAGGCGCUCGUACUGGAGAAGAGCUUCUUAGGCGGCCGAGUGUUGAUACAGAUGCCGCGACCAAGAAGGACUUGGCCGAUGUGGAUCCCCGCGCUGCACAUCCAGGACUCAAUCUCAGCGGCCGCAUCAUCAGUGCCACAUUCGCUAUACCAUACAGCAUCGGACACUCUCCAGGAAAUGAGUGGGAAUUGACCCCACGGCGAGGAACGUCUGCUUUGUUUGACUCUUUCUCUUACUUGGCCUCCUCUUCAUCCCCAUGGAACCACACUCUAGUCGGCUGGACGGGCGAGGUCACCAGUGCGCAGGCCGCUACCGCUCCUGCUGUGCAAGCGCCAACGAACAAGGCAGCCGCACCCAUCCCAGUCGAUCCCAAGCAGCCAAGCCAGGUGCCCCAGCAACCCACGGGGCUACGCAUUGGCCAUGACGACCGCGGGAGACUCGAGAAGCAGCUUGAACGUGACCAUGGAGGUAAAAUUGUCCCAGUAUGGUUGGUGGACGAGGUGGACGACGGAAAGGAUGAAUAUAUCUUGAAGAACCAGAGCCGCUGGCGAACGUACGCAGAGAAUGAGCUCUACACCCUAUUCCAUUACAAGCAAAACGAGCCAGCCGAUGGACGCGCUGCGCGCAAGUCGUGGGCCGACUACUACCGUAUGAACAAACUCUUCGCAGAUAAGAUACUCGAAGUCUAUAAGCCUGGCGACAUCGUCAUGGUACACGACUUUUAUCUACUGCUCCUACCGAGUCUACUCCGCCAGCGCCUACCCAAUAUCUACAUUGGAUUCUUCCUCCAUAUCCCGUUCCCCAGCAGCGAGUUCUAUAGGUGUCUCAGUAGGAGAAAGGAAAUCCUGGAGGGUGUCCUGGGUGCCAACAUGCUUGGCUUCCAGUCUUAUAGCUAUUCACGGCAUUUCUCUUCGUGUUGCACACGGAUACUCGGCUUUGAUUCCUCUUCGGCGGGCGUCGAUGCCUAUGGCGCUCAUGUUGCAGUCGAUGUCUUCCCUCUUGGCAUCAACGCAGCUUCAACCCAGAGGCAAGCCUUUGGCGACCCAGAGAUCGAUGAGAGGAUCAAUGAUAUCCGUGAAAUGUACGCUGACAAAAAGAUCAUCGUUGGCCGCGACCGACUGGACGCUGUUCGUGGAGUGGUUCAAAAACUCCAAGCAUUCGAAAUGUUCCUCGAGAGAUAUCCAGAAUGGCGAGGAAAAGUUGUCCUUAUUCAAGUCACCAGUCCGAGUGGGCUUCACACGGAUAGGGGUGACGGCGCACAGGAAAAGGUAGUCAACAAGAUUUCAGAUCUUGCGGCUAAGAUUAAUGGUCUCUAUGGCUCUCUCGACUUCACACCAGUGCGACAUUUUCCACAGUACCUCUCUCGGGAAGAGUACUUCGCCUUGCUUCGGAUUGCGGACAUUGGUCUCAUCACUAGUGUCCGGGAUGGUAUGAACACAACCAGUAUGGAGUACAUCAUCUGCCAAAGGGAAAACCACGGACCACUCAUCCUUUCCGAGUUCUCGGGCACUUCAGGUUCCCUUUCUGGAGCGAUGCACAUCAACCCCUGGGACUUGGGUGGGGUAGCUGAUGCUAUCAACAAGGCAUUGCAACUGAAUCCAGGAGAGCGGGCAGAACAACAUGCACAGCUCUACAAGCAUGUCGUCGCUAACAAUGUGCAAUCCUGGACCAACAACUACCUGAAGCGACUGAUGACCAACCUAUCCUCCUUCGAUCAGUCCUUUGCCACACCAGCAUUGGACCGCGCAAAGCUGUUGUUCCAGUACCGACAAGCAAAGAAGCGUUUAUUCAUGUUCGAUUACGACGGCACCCUGACUCCCAUAGUCAAAGACCCACAGGCGGCUAUUCCCUCGGACCGAGUCAUUCGUACUCUCAAGACUUUGGCAGCAGACCCUAACAACUCUGUUUGGAUCAUCAGUGGCCGAGAUCAAGCAUUUUUGGAUGAAUGGAUGGGUCAUAUUACCGAACUUGGUCUUAGUGCCGAGCACGGCAGCUUCAUGCGACAUCCACGCAGUACGGAGUGGGAGAAUUUGACCGAGAAGACCGACAUGAGCUGGCAAUCCGAUGUCAUUGAUGUCUUCCAGCACUAUACCGAGCGGACACAAGGUUCAUUCAUCGAACGCAAGAAGAUUGCUCUAACAUGGCAUUACCGGAGAGCUGAUCCAGAGUAUGGAGCUUUCCAGGCACGCGAAUGCCAACAGCAACUUGAGAGAACCGUCGCAAAGAAGCAUGAUGUUGAGGUCAUGACGGGUAAAGCCAAUCUUGAGGUACGGCCGAGGUUCGUCAACAAAGGUGAGAUAGCGAAGCGGCUUGUUCUGGAAUACGGCGACGGACCAGGAGAACCGCCUGAGUUUGUCCUCUGCCUAGGCGAUGACUUCACCGACGAAGACAUGUUCCGUUCGCUACGACAGUCCAAGUUGCCUACAGAUCACGUCUUCUCAGUCACGGUCGGUGCGAGCUCGAAGCAAACAUUGGCAAGCUGGCAUCUCGUCGAGCCGUCCGACGUCAUUUCGGUCGUCUCCUUGCUGAACGGUUCGGCCGACGCAGGAAAUGUUGGAGCCGUUGCCGUAGUCGAAGGAUCCAUUCCCGAAUCACGGGCUGAAUCACGGAUAUAGAAGAGCAUAUUGCGUUUGAAUGGCAUAUAGCGUAGGAGGUAGUUUCGAGCAUUUUCUUGCCUGGAGCACGGGAGCACAAAGAAACCGGUCAUAGAUUCACGACAGGCGGGGCUAGUGACGGUGACAUAUGGGGCGCCGCAGGGUAAUCUACUAUAAUGCCAUUGCCUCGCUCGUACCCGCUUGAGGAAAGCGUCUGUGUUCCUCUCCAACAUAAUCACCUACAUAGUAUUCUUAUCUGCCACCGACGAAGCU